ACUCAGCUCUGGGGUCCACCUUAGCCUUACAUCUGGCCAGGCCCUCAGCAGCAGAGUCCCUCGGGUCCUAAGAGCAGCACAGAGGAAAUGGUCAAGGUUGGCCAGCAAUACAAAUAGACAAGGAUUCCUUGGACCUUUUAGAAUCAGCUGUCUCAUUGAAGUCCCAAGAGCUCUAAAGGCAGAGGCGCACCAUGGAGGGCGACUGUCUGAGCUGCAUGAAGUAUCUGAUGUUUGUUUUCAAUUUCUUCAUAUUUCUGGGGGGUGCCUGCCUGCUGGGCGUCGGGAUCUGGGUCAUGGUGGACCCCACGGGGUUUCGAGAGAUUGUGGCUGCUAACCCCCUCCUCUUCACGGGCGCCUACAUCCUGCUGGCCAUGGGGGCCCUGCUUUUCCUACUCGGUUUCCUAGGCUGCUGUGGAGCCAUCCGGGAAAACAAGUGUUUGCUACUCUUCUUUUUCCUGUUCAUCUUGUUAAUAUUCCUGGCGGAGCUCUCAGCAGCCAUCCUGGCCUUCAUCUUCAGAGAAAACCUAACAAGAGAGUUCUUCACCAAGGAGCUGACCAAGCAUUAUCAGGGAAGCAACGAGACAGAUGUCUUCUCCGCUACCUGGAACUCAGUCAUGAUCACGUUUGGUUGCUGUGGGGUCAAUGGACCCGAAGACUUUAAAGCCGCCCCAGUUUACCGCUUCCUGAAUUUCAAUGGGGAUGAAGUCCCAGAGGCAUGCUGCCGGAGAGAGCCCCAGAGCCGGGAUGGCAUGCUGGUCAACAGGGAGGAGUGCCUCUUGGGAAGAGAUCGCUCCUUGAACAAACAGGGCUGCUACACUGUGAUCCUCAAUUCCUUUGAGACGUACGUAUAUCUUGCUGGAGCCCUGGCCAUCGGGGUGUUGGCUAUUGAGCUGUUCGCCAUGAUCUUUGCCAUGUGCCUCUUCCGGGGGAUCCAGUAAAGAGGAUCCUGACCCUCCCAUUCCUGGUGAUUGCUAACCCUGCCUUGCCUCCUCCCCUCCCUACAGUCCCCACCCCUGCCUGCCUGCCUGAUCCAGACAAAGCAAAGCUGGCAGGGGGCGGGUGGUGGGGAUGGCGAGAAGUGGGGCAGUUAAAUAGCUAUUUUUUUUAACAAGAAGAAAUGAAGAAAGGAAAAAAAAAAGAUUGUUGUAACAUAUACUUGGCCAAGGAGAUAGCCCAGAAUCAGAGGUGCUGUGCCCUGGACGUGAGCACUGGGCUUCUCCCUAAGGGCACCCUGCGCAGGGACCAGGAGCCAGAAGCCAACCAGACAUGGAUUGCACUGAAGACCAAAGGAGCAUUGGCAGCAUGGUGGGGGGGGGAGGCAUCUCCAGCAUUCCUUCUCCUUGUACAGCUAGACCCCAUGACCAUCCCUCAGGGUCAAUCUCGUGAACUAUGUUUGACCAUGUUUGACUAGGCCAAGGAGAUAGCAAGGGGAAGGGGCAAGAGAUGGAUCUUAUGUUCCAAGGCAGGAAGGAGAAAGAGAGGGAAGCUGAAAAGGCCAGCAAAAAAGACUCUGCCCUUCUGGGAAGAAGGCCAAAAGCCAGGCAAUCAUGGAAAUACAGUGUCAUCCAGAAAGACUUGAGUUCAAAUGGGAAUUCACCUGGGGAGGAGGGGUUGGAUGGGGGGGCUGGGGGUAGGGAUGGAAGAGGGGAGCAUGUCCUAAAGCAGAGAUUUUUGAGGAUAUUUGGAUAGAAGAAACUGGGGUGAGUCUCUGUUCCCUCUAAGAAAGGGCCCGGGGUUGAUAAUUAUCACCACCUUACUUCUGGCUACCCCCUCACACCUCAACUGGGAAAAGCCCAGUUGAUAGGAUCGUGGGUCAAAGAGCCAGAAGGGAAGUGGGAGACGAACUUGCAGGUAAAGCUCAGAGCCCCUGUGCGCUUUGCCCAAGAUCACACAGACAGGAUCUGAACUCUCUGUCUUGUCCUGUUUUGACUCUAUCCUAUGACUCCCUUACUGGAAGCCAUCCACAAGAAUAGUCAACCAAGCAGGGUUUGGGGUAAGGGGUUGCUGAGGGCACCCCAUUGCUGGCAGAAGCAUCUUCACCUCUCUCUGCUGCUGCCCUCCACCCUCCAGUCCCUACAUUCCACCCCUCUCAUAUCAACCUUGCUCUGUGGAGAGGAGAUAAAAUCAGAGGAGUAUAACCCCCCCCUUUCACUUCCUCCCUCCAGAGCUAAAACUAGGGUGGAGCAGCCAAGCUUUACUCCAGAGUGGAGAAUUUAGAAGUAGCCACAUCCCCUUCCUGAGGGCUUGUCACUGUUGGCCUCACCCAUUGGCACAUGCUCAGCUCUGGCCCUAGCAGCAACAGCACCGUGCUUUCCUUGUCCUCAGACGUCUUACUCCCUACAGGGCAGAAACUUCAGGGUACAUGUACAUCUCCCCUCUUGCUGUACACUGGGGCUGCGCCUGUCUCCUUUGGGCUGUCUCCUCUCUCUUACCCUUCUCUUUCCACGUGAACUGUCCAUUCUUCUGCCCUCCUCCUGAUAAGUCCAGAGGAUAAGGCUGCGCCCAAGAAGAGUAUCCAGGGUCCCUGAAGGAAUGCCAUCCAGGCCCAAGAAGUAAAAACAAAUCCCUCCCCAAGAAGGGCCCUGGUAAGAAAGGAAAACAGAGGCUGCAGGGAGGACCCAAAAGCCUUUUUCUGAGGAAACAGGAUGAGACCCUAGAAUGAGCCAGGACAGCUCCUCAGGGGUGCAGGGAGGAGUUUGGGGGGGGACGCCGGUAUCCCUUCUAGACCAGAUUCAGAGUGGGGCAGAUGGGAAGCUUUUCUCCUCUCCUCCUGGCUUUUCCCAUACUCAAAUGAGCCUUCAACCAAUCCUAUCAAGAGGGGGAUGGGAGUCGAGGGUGAGGGAGUGGGGUUGGUGGGAGAUUCAAUUCCAGCAUAGGCUGCCAAUUGUGUUAGAAACCAGUGCCCCUUUCACAAGCUACUGUCUCUUUGGAGAAAAAAGGAAAAUUUUGGUGGGAAGGGUAGGGGCAGGCUCUGGGGGUCCCCACUAGGCCCAGGGCCCGGAGCUGCUGCUGCUGGUUGUUUUUAGUAAUCAUCCCCCUGCCCCACUCCCCCCAAUCCUGACUUGCCCCUUUUCCCUUCUUUCUGUCAUUAUCUAACUGGAGGCCCUAACACAACGGGGCCCUCCCAACCUCCCUCCCCCAGCCCAGUCUCCUGCCACGUGAAAUACGUUGAAAGUCUAUUUUGAAAAUUGUAAAUGUUCCUUGGAGUAGAUAGCAGAGCUAAUUUAUCAUGUAUUCCCUCCCAUCAGGCUUUUUUUAUAUUGGGGAGUUUUUUUUGUAAUAUAAAACAGAACACGCAUUGAAUGUUCUGCACCAGUCUUUGUGUCUGUUUCUUAAAAAAUAAAUAAAUAACUGCAUACAUAAAUGGUGACCAUGAA